AUGAUUUCGAGCGUAUUCCUCUUUGGUGUAAUAGCUGUGAUCUUCUUCAUUCCUCUAGGCAUUAUUGGUAAAUGGUUUUUGAAUUUAUUUGUUUUCGGAAGGUAUCCCGACAGUGUGUUCGAAAAUCCAAAGUACACUCUUGACUCGACCUCAGUUUUAAAGGACAAUCAUGAUGCAUCAUCAUCGACACAACCACAACAGACUAGUUCUUUUUCAACAACAGAGGUCGACUCGAUAUCUCCAAAAGAGGUCAAAAAGAAGAAAAUUACAAAAAACAUCUUUUCCCAGAAUUCACUGAAUGAUGUGAAAGAUAUUGAUGCCAUCAUCAUUGGAAGUGGAAUUGGUGGAUUGGCUUGCGGAGCCAUUUUGUCAAAAGCUGGAAAGAAAGUGAUUGUUUUGGAACAAAACAAGACAGCAGGUGGUUCUCUGCACACGUUCAAGAGAGGAGGAUUUCCAUUCGAAGCCGGAAUUCAUUAUAUUGGCAAUUUCGAAGAAGGUGGAGCCUUAAAGGUUCUUCUCGAUACCUUGUGUGACAAGAAAAUAGAAAUGGAUGAAUUAUGCAGUGAGUACGACGAUGUUGUCAUUUAUGACACUUCAAAGAAUCAAUUAUUGAAACGGAUUGAAAUUCCAAAAGGAAAGAAAAAUUAUGUCAAUUGUCUCAAAAAUGCAUUUCCAGAAGAGAAGCAAGCCAUUGACAAGUACAUGCAACAAUACGAAGAGACUGCAAAAACUUUGAAUGAUUAUCGAGUGCCAUAUCUAUUUCUCAAACUCUUACCUGUUUGGAUUGCCAAAUUAGCUGCACCCGUUCUUUGUGCGCCUUAUUUCAAGCUUGUCAACACAACUGUGAAAAGUGUUCUCGAAUCAUGCACCAAGAAUAAGACACUUCAGAGUUGCUUGGCUUAUUUCUAUGGUGAUUAUGGUAUGCAACCAAAGGAAUGUCCGUUCAAUGUACAUUACAGUGUUCAAUCUCACUACAUGGAAGGAGCUUACUUCCCAAAGAAGGGAGCAGUGGAUAUUGUUGAAAGUUUAAUUAAGGUCAUUCGAAAGAGCGGAGGUGACGUCUUUACUAAAGCAAAAGUGGCAUCCAUUAUCAUUAAGAAUGGAAAGGCCACUGGAGUGCAAAUGAGUAAUGGUGUGAUUGCACAGGCGAAGACAGUCAUUUCAAAUGCAGGUCUUUAUAAUACUUUCAAGAAUUUGAUUACAGAAUCAGAUCAAACCAAGUACAAUUUGAGGAAUCAAAUUGACAAUUACCGUCCAAGUCAACAAUUGAACUGUGUCUUUAUUGGAUACGACAAGUCAGCUGAGGAACUUGGUUUAAGGUAUCAAAAUUGUUGGCUCUCCACAAGCGAUGAUUUGGAUGGACAACGUGAACGAUACAUUCACACUGAAGAUGGAUCCAUUGAUCCCAAGCAAGGUAUUGACAUACCAGAUUUACUCUUCUCAAUUAAGCCUCAAAAGAACAAUACUUAUAUUACAUGCUGUUUUGAGACCAAAUAUGAAUGGUUCAAGGAAUGGGAACAUCAACGAUGUAAGAAACGAGGAGCAGGUUAUCUCGAAAUCAAACAACAAUUGACAGAGAGAGCACUCGAAUUACUACACAUCGCAUACCCUCAAUUGAAAAUUUUCACACCAGAUGUUUUGGAUUCCUCCACCCCUCUCACCUGUCAACAUUAUUUGGCAUGUCCAUUUGGAGAAGCUUAUGGUCGAAAGAUGGAUGCAGAUUAUUUUACCAAUUUGGAGGUUGGCAGACCAGAAACUCCAAUUGAAGGACUCUAUCUCACAGGUCAAGACAUCUUUUCGUUGGGUGUGGCAGGAGCUCUUGCUUCAUCGCUACUCACCACCACCACUUUACUCCACAGAAAUAUGUUUGGCGAUUGGUUUGCUGCAGUCUCUAAAGAAAGAAAACGAAUCAAGGAAAGCAAGAAGGCACAAUAA